AUGGCAGCCGCAGUUCAGUCAGGCCCUGGCUGGGACCUCUCCGACCAUCGCCACCGAGCAUACGACCUUAAGACCCCCGAAGACCACAUCAAGCUCUACGAUACGUGGGCUAUCACCUACGAUGAGGACGUCAUGGGCACGUCAACUGAGUAUUGUGGCCCAGAAAAGACUGUAGCUUGCGUGUUGCACGCUGGUGGCAAAAUCGACGGCGAAAUCCUGGAUGCUGGCUGCGGCACAGGGCUCUGCGGCGUCCAACUUGCAAAGCAGGGUGCACGAAUCGUUGAUGGCAUUGACCUGUCACCGGGUAUGCUUAGCGUCGCCGAGAAGACUGGCAAGUAUCGUACCCUAGCACCGGCAGAUCUCACCAAGCGGGUUCAACUGCCAGACGGCAAGUACGAUGUCGUGACCUGUGUCGGCACGUUCACCACUGGCCACGUCGGACCCGACCCUGCAUUUCUAGAGCUCCUUCGAGUGCUCAAGUCCGGAGGCUUGUUCGUGGCUACCGUCCUUGACAAUAUUUGGGAGACUGAAGGAUUUGCUGCCGAAGUGAAGCGACUUGGCAAUGAAGGUGCCGUUGAGGUUCUCAGCACAAAGCUCGACGACUACAGGAAGGCCGACCAAGCUAUGGCGAGGAUGGUCGUGUUGAGGAAGAAAGUCCUAUGCGCAUCUGGUCUCCGUUUCGACCACUCCCAAAGCAACAACUGCUGGCGAUGGAGCAGCCCAAUGCGACUUCUUGCGUACGUAUCGCCAAGCGCCGAUCGCACCUCUUGCUCUUCUGGCAUCGAUGGGACCCUCACCUGCCUGAUCAGCCUGAUGCACCUGCUCGUGAAUUCGUUACCUCGACAAUUGCCGAAUAAUCCGAAUGCGCUUGUCACCAAGUCCCAAAGCAACAUUUACCACGAGACCUAA